AUGCUUCACCAACAACCGAAUUCAAUUGAACCUGUUACCAGUUUUGCCACCAAAGCUGCAAUGCCCAGCUUGUCGCCUGAAUGGAAAUUCUCGCCCGAGUCGGCGCCGACGAACAUCGAAUCAGCCAACAGAGAAUCGGGCCCGGAGUCGUGUUUUCCAGACGCAGGAGGCAUUAAGAAAUACAACAGAGAAUUUUUGUUGCAACUUCGGCACACCAGAGCUUCUCUUUUAAUGCCAUCAUGUCUACCAGAUUUGCCAAGAGAAUUGCUAAAAAUGCCGUAUUCCUCAAAAACGUUCAACCUUUCGUGUAGUGACCCUUUUUUCAAAGGCCUUAAAGAUCGAAGACCGGCCGAGAAAAGCCGGAGUGACGAAAGCAAGGAAGGGAACUGCUUCACAGACUCCAGCAAAAUGGCCGAAAGAUACAAACCGUUAUUGUCAGAGAUACGCUGUAUUCAAAUCGACACAGAGAGUCAAUUAAAAGCUAUAAUUGAUCUGCUCUUCGAGAAGGCAUCCAAUUAUCCAAUUCUUGGCAUUUCUUACGCUUACCUCUGCCGCUCUCUCUCUUUAAUUCGUGUUCCUUCAGCCACAAGGCAGGGUGAGACUGUCAACUUCAACAAGCUGCUUAACCGUCGAUGCCAGAUCGAAUUGGAGAAAAUCAAACAGGAAGACGAAACAAUAAACCAAACGAAGCAGAUGAUAAGAAGCGCUGAAGUUGACGAAACCAGAAUUAUAAAGCUGCAAAAGAAACUUUGUGAGUUGACCUCCACCUCGAAAAAGAGGACCCUUGGGAACAUGAAGUUAAUUGGAGAAUUUUUUAAAUUACAUAUUCUAAAAGAGAACAUUGUUAUUCAAUUUGUGUGCAACUUGCUUUCAACCAGAACCGAAGAUAGAAUUGAAUGCUUGUGUGUUUUGCUGAAGACCGUAGGAAUGGAACUAGAACGUAAUAGUAAUCGACAAGAGAAGAAAAAACUGGAAGACUGUUUCACCGAGAUGAAGAAGAUCGUAUCCCAGGGUACAUGCUCACCGCGUGUAAAGUCUAUGUUAAGCAGCCUCAUACGACUACGUGAAAAUAAAUGGGUUUUUUAA